CUCCCUGAGACAUUUGAAGAAUUUGCAUAUUGCACAGCGAUUCGUGACGGUACACCACGUGACUGGGACCUCCUAUGGUUACAUAGGGAUCAGAUGGAAGGCGCCCUGUCCUGUAGCAAGGACUUGUGGGUAUUGAGUAGGUACCUUAGUUAUGCUAAGCAUAACGCCAGCAUUUUUCCUGUUAGCGAUUCCAAUAACGCUAUUCUGGCUGUUGGGAGUAGUCCGUUUGGCAGAAAACUUGCCUGGGAUUGGAUUCAGGCGCAAUGGAAUAGCACGGACAGAGUUUUGGGGAAUAGAAAAGAACUGAUAGGGGGAAUCCUAGAUGGGUUUUGGACGAAAGUGGAUUUCCAAGAGGUUUACUCCUUUCGACACAAAUUUGGAAGCGCAAUGGAUGAUUACACAAGAGCGGCUCUGAAUGAAAUGCUGGAACUGAUGAAAGCUAAUGCACGGUGGGUUACUAACAAUGAGGAGGAAGUACGCCAUUGGUUGAAGACGAGAGUACUGCAAAGAAGUGAUGCUGCCCACUGAGCAUUGAUAUUGAAGCGUAGACGGUGGAUAGAAUUUUUGUUGUCAGCGCCGGGACUAAGACAUUUUGUUUCUCAUUAUUUUUCUCUUUUUUAUCUAUGACUCUACUCAUUCUACGUAAAAUUUCUUGAUAGGUAUACAUGAAAUGGACAUUUCAAAAUCCCUUGUGCAGAAUGUAUUUUAUGAUAGUACAAAAAUGAAAUCAACAACUCUCACAUUACUUUUUUUGUGUGUAGUUACUUUAUUCAUAUAUUACCUUAGUAUACAAUAGAUACGAAGUUACAAAAUAUUUUGGCACGCGAAUUACGCGGUACACGGGCGCAAUAGCACAUAACCGUCUAAUACAAUAAAAGCAACUAUGUCAUGAAAUAUAAUGAGCAAUCAUGCAGAGUCAUAUGUUCAUAAUUCCAAAUAGUGCACAUAGUCCUAAAUAUUUAUAUGAAGAAUGCGCGUAUAAAACUAUAAAGCACGUCUCAGAAAAACGAAACCUGGAAGCCACAUAUUGUGUUUGAGCAAACAUAUUGACACGUACAAAGACGAAGUAGACA